AUGUUAUUUAACUUUGGGUAGUUUCUUUACUUUCUCUACAAUGAACUAGAUAUGAUUAUAUUUUAAAGUUAAUUCUGCCCUGAGGACAUCAUUAUUGUUUUCAGAAAGGAGGGUUAGUAAAUCUAUUAUUUUUUCUAACUGAACUUGGCAUGUUUAUUUAUUAUCUAAAUGAUGCAUUUAUUGUUAUCCUGCCUCAGCAUUUUGGCUUAUUGAGUUCUCUAAAUAUCUCUGUCCUGAUUGUUAGUGGCAUGUUUUAUGAUGAUUUUGAGCUUUCCCACCAUUUUUUCUCCUCUUUGGUGGCAGAAUUUAACUUUAUUUGUUCCUCUUAAAUCCCUGUUAACUAAGUUUUUCUAUUGGUUAAACCAAUGCUUGCCACCAUUUUUUUUCCUUUUAAUUUUGAGUUUUCACCCUUUAUUUGUCCUUGUACAACAACCACUUAAACCUUUUGUAGGUUAGAAGCUCUUGCUCGCUUUGUUGUCUGUAAAAUAUGGCUAAUUUGAAUAUUUGUUUUCUUGCUCAACAUCCAGCUAUUUCAUGUUUAAAGCCAAAGGUGGUUCCUAAAUCUGUCCAUAUUCACAAUAUAUACUUGUUAAGUUUUGAAUUUUUCUACACAUGGCAAUUUUAUAUAUAAGUCCUCAAGUAUGCAGUUGUUGAGAAUGUCCCUUUUUUUAAACUUAUUUUGCUUAAUUAAAUAGCUUUAAAUCUUCCACCUGUUGUGGACCUCUCCUAUGUUGCUUUGCUGAUUUUCUCACUUAUAUAAUUCUUCCUAAGGCAUGAGUAUUUUAUGCUUUAUCACAAUGAUAAUGUUGCCAUUGAUUCUUAUAGGACAUUUAUUUUUUUGAAUCAUGAUUGAAAUUCGCUACAAUGUCUCAUGCUUCAACGACUUCAUGUUUUUUUUUCCUGGAUAGGCUUCAUGCAACACUGACUUCAUUGUCUUUUUCUAGCUUUGAAAUUUAUUUUAGGGCUUCAAUGCUUGGGGACAUUAUAUCUUCUGAUAGCAUGGCCCAAAUUUAACACAAUCUUCUAUUUUAGGCUGAUUCAACGGAAAAUGCCUUUGGUGGAGCCGUUUAUGCUUCACAUUUAAUUUUUCUCAUUUGAACAUUCUAUGAUGCUUUUAUUCUUUGUAGUAUGAAUUAUGUGUGUUGUUUUGCCACAUCAGGUUUUUCUUCCAGUGGAUGUGGAUGAACUAACUUUGAGUGCUUUAUUGUCUGAACUCUAGUUAGUUCCCACAUUACUUACGAGUUAAAAUGUUCCCCUUGUGGUUUAUCCACUUUUAUCCAACAAAAAAAAAAGUUUUCUUUUCAAAAGAUCAACUUACUACCAAAUAUAUUGUUAUAAAAUGUGAACCUAAUGUCUAAUAUGAAAUACUGCAUGUUGUUGUUAUCUUGUACAGGCUUUCAUGACUAAUGCAUAUUUUUCUUUGUAUUUUGAUACGCUCCUAGUUUUCUGUGCUUGAAUUCCUCAUUUAGCCUAACUUUUGAAUAUCAUUGUUUUCUCUCUGUGCUGGUUGUGCUCCAUUUCUUAUUUAUAUCAGGAAGGUGUUUAUUUUUCCGGGGAUUGCAGGUAAAUGGAAUAAGGUAUUAUAUGGAUGGUGUCAAUGAAGGGCUUCCAGAUGGAAUCUUAGAAUGUUCCACAAAAGAUUUAGCGGAGAUCAAAAGUGAAACUACAAGUCAGAUUUUGAAAUGGAGGAAUUUAUCUUAGGACUUAUAGCUUCUAAUGGGGAUAUUGAGAAGAAGGCUUGUCAUCCCUGAUGCACAUAUGCUCCUUUUUGGCAAGUGCAUAUAUGGCUCAUUUUUAACAAGCAUAAAAGGUGAUAACAACUUGUUCAUUGGUAAGGUGUCACAGUAUAUUAUAAAGUUGCUGGAUCAUAUGGCAUCCAUCUUAGAGGAGAACUAUAAAGGAAUUCAUUGUAAUAUUUGUGUUGGUUUAAGCUUUAUUUUGUAUGCAGUUGGGUUAUCGUUAUUGUCCCUUCAAAGAUUUCUGUCCAGCCUGCUUUUUCCACAUUGUUGAGAUAAGAACUAUAAACUACUUGGACGAUUUCUUCCAAAAUUGGGAAGCUAUUGCUGGCUCUAGCUAAACUCUAGCUAAACUGUUUCCAGACCUUUCAAGGAUUGAUUUGACAGAUUUAUCUCUAUUUACUUUGCCUUCACUUGAAAAUCGUUAUUCCAUGAGUGAACCUAGUGCACAGCUUAUUGAUAUGGAGUUAGAUGUGACUGAUGAUUCUAAAGAUGCAGAUGCUUUGGCUGUUUGAAGCAGUGAUAUUUUUGCUUGAUCUCAUGAGAACGGAAAAUGAUGCAGAGGUUGCAGAACAUAUCCUUUUCAAUCUUUGUAAAUGUUUUCCACAAUCCACUGGAAGUCUUUCUAACUUGGUUAAUGUAAUUAACAAUAUGAUGGAUACCAGUUCAAGUCUAAGCUAUCAUUAUGCUAGCAUGUUAUCCUCUUCAUGUGCUUUAUUGGGAUCGUUAGUUCCUUCUUCCAGUUCUCAUGACAAGCAAUGCAGUGAGGAAGUGGUCAAUAAUGAUGAGGUUGUGGUUGAAAGACUUAUUUCUAUGCUUCAAGAUUGUGAUUAUCGUGUCAGGUUCUUUCUUUGCAAGAAGAAUACAAGUUCUUUUCCAGACUUGGGAUGGGCAUGAUGCGUUGUUCCAUGAUAUUUGUUCAAAUUUUGGUUUUGAGAUGUUGAGCGCAUCAAAAGAGAAACCGGUUAAAAGUGGUGGUGAGGUGUUAGUUGCUGGUAAUCUGCCUCUUCCAGCUGAGGGAGACUGCCCUCAUAACUCUUGCUCAUGUUGCAUUGUCCAGUGAAGAUGUUGAAA